AUGACUAGUGGUACCCUUCCUUAUAAAAUUGAAAAGCCCUUUAAAAUGGCCAUUAUUGGUUCUGGUAAUUGGGGGACUUGUAUUGCCAAAAUCAUGGCCGAAAAUACUAGAGAAAAGCCAGAAAUAUUUCAAAGAGAAGUUCAAAUGUGGGUAUUUGAUGAAAAGAUUGAAGAUAGAAUGUUAACUGAUAUUAUAAAUACUGAACAUGAAAAUGUUAAAUAUUUAAAUGGAGUUAAAUUACCUGAUAAUUUAGUAGCAAAUCCUGAUUUAGUUGCUACUGUUAAGGGGGCUGAUUUAAUUGUUUUUAAUGUUCCUCAUCAAUUCUUACCAAAUAUUUGUAAACAAUUAGUUGGUCAUGUUCCUCAAACUACAAGAGCUAUUUCUUGUCUUAAAGGUUUACAUGUUGGACCUGAAGGUUGUAAAUUAUUAUCUCAAUCUAUUACUGAUACUUUAGGAAUUUAUUGUGGAGUUUUAUCUGGUGCUAAUAUUGCUGAUGAAGUUGCAAGAGAAAGAUGGUCUGAAACUUCAAUUGCUUAUUUAAAACCUGAUGAUUUUAGAGGUGAAGGUAAUGAUAUUGAUAGUUUUAUUUUAAGACAAGCUUUCCAUAGACCUUACUUUCAUGUUGCUGUUAUUAAAGAUGUUAUUGGUGCAUCUAUUGCUGGUGCUUUAAAAAAUGUUGUUGCAUGUGCCGUUGGAUUUGUUGAUGGAGCUGGUUGGGGUUCAAAUUCUCAAGCCGCUAUUAUGAGAAUUGGUAUUAAAGAAACUAUUCAUUUUGCUUCAUAUUAUGAAAAAUUUGGUAUUAAAGGUCCUCCACCAAGACAUUCAACAUUUACUGAAGAAAGUGCUGGUGUUGCCGAUUUAAUUACUACUUGUGCAGGAGGUAGAAAUGCUAAAGUUGCUAGAUAUAUGAUUAAACAUAAUGUUGGAGCAUUUGAAGCUGAAAAAGUUUUAUUAAAUGGUCAAAGUUCUCAAGGUAUUUUAACUGCUAAUGAAGUUCAUAAAUUAUUACACAACUUUAAUUUGCAACAUGAAUUCCCAUUAUUUGAAGCUACUUAUAAAGUUAUUUAUGAAGGUGCAAGUGUUGAAGAUUUCCCAGCUUUAUUAUCUCAUCAUAAUUAA